AUGAUGACGAUGAGUUCCAUGUCGGACAGCCUGGCCGGCGGAGACCCGUCCAAGUCGGCCUUCCUGGAGUUCGGCGGACACGGGUACCCGGGACACCCGGGACAUCAGCAGCCGUCGCCCGGGUUGUCCCACAACCACUACCCGGUGCACAGUCUGCACGGGGUGGGGCCCGCGCAGUCCCACGAGAGUCCGUUCCCCACCGGGACCUCGUCCUACGGACGCCCGCUGGGAUACCCAUACCACGGCGGCGUGAGCGCGCACCACCCCGGCGCAUACCUGCCCUAUCAGCAGGGCGGCCACGGGGGCGCGCUGGGACACUCCAGGCUCGACAGUCAUGAGCACGAGAAGCCGACCGCGGUGAUCGAGAACGGGGAGGUCCGGCUAAACGGGAAGGGCAAGAAGAUCCGCAAGCCUCGGACCAUCUACUCGAGCCUGCAGCUCCAGGCGUUGAACCAGCGCUUCCAGCAGACCCAGUACCUCGCCCUGCCCGAGAGGGCCGACCUGGCGGCCAAGCUUGGCCUCACCCAGACGCAGGUUAAAAUAUGGUUCCAGAACAAGCGGUCUAAAUACAAGAAGAUCAUGAAGAACGGGCCGUGCGGACCGGAGGGAGACCACCUGCACCCCCCUCCGUCCGCCUCGCCGUGUUCCCCGGGGAUGGGUCCGCCGCUGUGGGAGCAGCCCAUGGCGAGCAAGGGGGGCGCGCCGUCGGGUCACCCCGGGGCAGGAUACAUGAACACUUUCGGACACUGGUACCCCGGGCACCAUCAGGACUCGAUGCCGAGGACUCAGAUGAUGUGACGCGCAUUGUGGACCUAUGGAUUUGGAGUCCCGUUUCUAAACCUCAGACUUUGAAUAUUUUCAUUUUUGGUUCCUUUUUUAUGCAGUUUUUUAUUGAUGUAUUUUCGGGCCCAAUGAGUUGUUAUAUGCAGGCCGAUAUGUCGAUAUUUGUUGGUCCACUUUAUUUUAUUUGUCGAAGCACGUCGUUUUUCAGCCUUCUCUGUUUACUGCAAUGAAUUCAACCGCCUUCGCAAUAUCGAAGGAUCAAUUUGCCAAAAUGAAAUGGGCUAUGGGUCAAAUAUUUUUUUUAAAUAAACGCC